UCACCUAAAAAAAGUGAAUCAAGGAUAUCUAAGUCUGGUCAACAUACCACUUGUCCACCACAUGCCUCUCUUUUUUUCUUGAGUUUGUGAGUCCAUUCAUCCACACAAGUAUAACUGGCAAACAGGUUGCAUAUUGCUUAUUAAGACAUUUUAGGUUGGCAGCCCUCCCCCUUUUCCUCUCUUCUCAUAUCCUUAUUAUUAUCUCUGCAUCUGCCCCCCUCAGUUUUUCCCUUUAAUUUUGUUUUCCAAAGGAAAAAUUCACUGAAAGAGAAAGAGAAUCUGAGAAAAACCCAUACCGUAUAUAUCGUUGAGUCAUGGACAAGAAGCAUCAUCAGGAGAUCAGAGACGACAAAGUAAAGGCGGCGCCGGCGGAAGAGCAAACAUCCGGCAAUGCCGCCGCCGCGUCACCGCCGUCAGCGUCGUCAUCUCCGUCGCAUGAAUUUUCCUUCACCAUUUCGCUCCACCAACCGUCUGCAAAAGCCCCGGACAGAACGAAAUCUCCGCCGGCGCCGGCGCCGUUCGCCGUCGACUUAACUCCGGCCGACGAAAUAUUCUUCGGCGGCCACCUCCUCCCCCUCCACCUCCUCUCCCACCCCCCCGUCUCCCCUCGCUCCUCCACCAACUCCCUGGAAAGCUUCACCCUCCCCAUAAAAGAAUUACUAGAAGACCAAACCUCACAACAAAACCCCGACACCCAAACAAACAACCACGAUCAUCAUCAAAACAACAUUAACAAUCAAAGAACCGAGGAGAAACCGAAAUCCAGCAGGUCGUUCUCCUUGUUCUGGCUGCCCAAAUGGAGAAAAGGGUACGAGGUAAGAGACAAGGAAGAAGAGAAGGAAAAACAUGGGAGGAAGCUAAAAUUCGACAUAACUCAGGUUGUGAAGAGAUACAUGAGAAUGGUGAGACCGCUCUUAUCCUUCCGGCAAAGCAGAAGAGGGAAUCUUCAGUUCGACCGGCAAGCUUAUUCAUAUUCCGGCCACUUAAACCUGCGGGGCAAGAAAGAUAUUAGAGGCAAAAGAGGGGAAUAUUCAGCGCCGGCAUCCAUGAGAACAUCUCCGACCAACAGUGGCCUCCUCGUACCGCCCGCAACUUCCCCUACUUCUUCAAGCGACAGCACCAUGGAAGAGUUGCAGGCCGCCAUUCAAGCUGCCAUUGCUCACUGCAAGAAAUCCAUUCAAGUUGAAGAUAAACUCAAAUGUCAAGAUUAAGCAUAUCCCAAACUUCUUUUUAAUUUAAUUUUCUCUUUUUUAAAAAAAAAAAUUACCAUUUUACUAUUUUUUUUUGGGUGAUGGGAAAUCAGCAGCUAGUAGUCAAGUAAAUCAGUCUAAAAUUGUCCAUAGUUGACAGCCUUAAAUCAGGAGGGAGUCGAAGUUAAAACCCUGAGAUUAUCAGGCUAAUAGCUUGACUGGGAAUCUGGGAUUGCCCUUACAUACCUUUUACUAUUGGAUGGGUUAUUGCAUUUUAUUAGCAAUAAUUAGUCUUGUUGUGUCACAUAUUGAUGGAAACUACACAUAUGUAUGUAUUUACAAUGAUGAGUUUGGAUAUAUGGAUGGUGCAUGGUGGAGGAUAAUCAUUAAUAAGUGUAGUUUCUUUGAA